UGGAGAAAAUCUCGUUUCACCAUUACAAAAUCUUUCUGUCUCCCCCCUCUCCCACUUUGCAUACACCGGCGGCGCCACCUCUCCAUCGCGGCCACCGCCCCUGCCACUAUGCAAUUCAAUUAUUAUGAAAAGAUCCUUUUCCUUUACCGAAACUAGUUUUUUCUGGUCCCAUAUUUCUUUUUCCAGCUCCAAUAACACGCAAAAAAACAUCAAUACAAACCCCGUAUAUAGAAUUGUCCAUCUUUCUUUGCAUUCCUUCGAACCUUGCCCUUUUUACAAGGACAGUUGGGAACAAAACAUUCACCGUUUCGUCGUUGCCCUUGUCCUUGUGUUUUAUCUUCCUGGGAAAAGGAUCCUGGUCAUAAUUUGAUAUAUUGUGAUUUGAAAGGCCCUUGCUUGUUUCCAAGUCCGCUUAGGCCAUGGAGGACAUUGUGAAACAGAUCUUGGCAAGGCCAAUACAAGUGGCAGACCUUAUAGUCAAGGCCGCCGAUGAAGCACAAUCUUUCAAACAAGACUGCCUAGAGCUUAAAACCAAGGCCGAGAAGAUAUCAGCGCUCCUCCGUCAAGCUGCUCGUGCCAGCAACGAACUUUACGAACGCCCGACACGCAGGAUUGUGGACGACACCGAACAGGUCCUCGAGAAGGCCCUAGCUCUUGUCCUCAAGUGCGGGGCAACCGGUUUCAUAAAGCGAGUUUUCACCAUUAUCCCUGCGGGAGCCUUUAGGAAAUUAGCGAUACAACUCGAGAAUUCUAUAGGAGACGUUUCGUGGCUGUUGCGCGUGUCAUCCUCGGAUGGUGAACAUGAUGAUGAAUAUCUCGGGCUUCCUCCUAUCGCAGCCAACGAACCAAUAUUGUGCCUUAUAUGGGAACAGAUUGCCAUUCUUUAUAAAGGUACAGUAGAAGAACGAUCUGAUGCUUCUGCUUCCUUGGUUUCCUUGGCUCGGGACAAUGAUCGAUACGGUAAGCUGAUCGUAGAGGAAGGAGGGAUCCCUCCUUUAUUGAAGUUGUUGAAGGAAGCGAAGCCAGAAGGUCAGGAGAACGCAGCAAGGGCGAUUGGGUUGCUGGGACUUGAUCCGGAAUGCGUGGAACAGAUUGUUAAUGCUGGUGCUGGCUCGGUGUUUGCGAAAAUCCUCAAAGAAGGUGACAUGAAGGUUCAAUCCUUGGUGGCUUGGGCUGUAUCAGAAUUAGCAGCGCAUUACCCCAAAUGCCAAGACCAUUUUGCGCAGAACAAUAUAAUCCGGUUUCUCGUGAGCCAUCUCGCCUUUGAGACCGUUCAAGAACACAGUAAGUAUUCCAUUACGAGUAAGCAAGCCAUGUCUGGUAAUCCGGGUGGUGCGGAACCUAACCAGAUGCACAAUGUGGUUGUUAACUCUAUGGCUAUGAGAAGCCAGGUUCCUGAGGGUCCUAAGCUAAAUAAACCACACAGUUCGUCAGGAAGUCACCACCUCCCUCCCAAAGGCAACCUACAACCCGCCAAGUCAAACCAGCAUCACCAUCACCACCACCAUCCACAAGGACACCAUGUUUCAUUAUCUGGAACUAGCAUCAAGGGAAGGGAAUUUGAGGACCCAGCCACCAAAGCACAAAUGAAGGCGAUGGCGGCUAGAGCCCUGUGGCAGCUUUGCGUGGGAAAUCUUGGUAUAUGCCGUACCAUUACGGAAUCAAGAGCUCUAUUGUGCUUUGCAAUUCUAUUAGAGAAGGGCUCCGAAGAUGUACGGUCGUAUUCAUCCAUGGCAUUGAUGGAAAUCACGGCUGUAGCGGAGCAAAAUCCUGACCUGAGACGCUCUUCAUUCAAGCCUACAGCCCCUGCUGCCAAAGCUGUUGUGGACCAGAUGCUCAAAGUCAUACAGAAGGCAGAAGACACAGAUCUCCUAGUGCCUUGCAUCAAAUCGAUUGGAAACUUGGCCAGGACUUUCCGAGCAACCGAAACCAGGAUGAUUGAACCGUUGGUGAAACUGCUUGAUGAAAGGGAAGCGGAUAUUACCGUGGAGGCUGCCAUUGCACUUAACAAGUUCGCCACACCUGACAAUUACCUCCAUGCUAUUCAUUCAAAAGCCAUCAUCAGUGCGGGAGGCGCCAAGCAUCUAAUUCAACUAGUUUACUUCGGAGAACAAAUGGUUCAGUUUCCUUCUUUGACCCUGCUGUGUUACCUUACCUAUAAUGUUCCUGACAGUGACAGCCUUGCAAAAGAAGAGGUUCUUAUAGUUCUGGAGUGGGCAUCAAAGCAAGCUCAUCUAAUGGGAGAUCCUAAUAUUGCUGAACUAUUGCCAGAAGCCAAAAGUAGAUUGGAACUCUAUCAAACUAGGGGUUCAAGAGGAGUCCAUUAACUUGAAUUUUUAAUCAUUUCGUGCAUCAUUUUCUGAAAUAGUUCAGUUUUUGUAAAGUUUUAUUCCACCACCAUGAACUGUACAUACAUUAGCAUUGAUGUCAACACUGUUAUGGGCUUAUGGUAGUUCUAUAGGAGACACUUAUUAUCGCUCUUAGGCAAUAAAGAUUAUGCUUCUUACGUUAA